CCAGGAAGCGGCUCCGGCAGGGCUCUCCCGCAGCAGGCGGCUGCCCGCAUGCCGCGUUCCCGAAGCCUGCCGGCCUUCCCGACCUCCUCGCCUCGGACUUGGCCACGGAAGCCGCCCGGAAGUGUGGGGGGCAGCAUCGACGGGUUGCAGAGGGUCGUGGACAGUUACGUGGCUUCCCGGCCAGAGAAGCAGAGUCCGCCGGGGAGCUCCGAGACGCUGAGGAGAGCCGGGGAAGAUGCCUUCCUCAGCAGCUGCGAGUCCGCGAAAACGGUCUGCGAGGCGGAGGCCGCCCUGCCAGCCCAGGCCCCUGUCCCCGGCGUCCCGGGAACGGCGGCGGAGCCCGGAUCCGAGGACGCCGGUC